AUGACAUCCCCAUCAGCCUCCGCCUCCAUCUGGAGCCGGAAACGCGACCUGCUCUACCUCAUCUUCUUCAUCAUCCACAUCCCAACCAUCCUCCUGGUCGACGCCGUCACCUUCCUCCCCACCUUCCUCCAAACAAACUUCGGGCUCCAAUUGCGCGCCCACUACAUCGCCACCUACCAGGACAAGUUCGCCGAGGCCCCUCCCCCCUGGUUCGCCGCCUUCGUCGCAAUGGAGCUCUUCUACCAAACCCCGCUGUGCAUCUGGGCCAUCCCCGCUUUGAUCCGCGAUAAGGCCAUGGUUCCGGUCCAUCUGCUUGUGUUCGGCGUGCAGGCCUUUGUGACGAGCCUGACUUGUCUGGUGCAGAUGUGGAGCUGGGAGGAUCGCACGGUCGCGCAGAAGCAGAGUCUUACAAUGCUGUAUGGCCCUUAUGUUGCUCUAGGAGCGUUUAUGGCCCUGGAUAUGGUCUUUAGGCUGAGGGGGCGGUUGGUGGGGAAGAGGAAGCUGGCGUAG